AUGGGACCAUCAGUUGCUAGGAAGCUGUUACAUGAAGCGGAGGAAGCAACAAAUAACAGAAAGUUAAUAAAAUCUCAGGUGGAGAAACGUCGAAGGGAGAGAAUGAACCGCAGUUUGGAGUGUCUGAGGACCAUGUUGCUGCAGGAGCCACAAGAAGGCUCCACUCAGCACCGAGUGGAGAAAGCUGAGAUACUGGAGCACACAGUCCUCUUCCUCCAGAACACUGCCAAAGGAGACAAGACUACAGGUGGACGUGGGGACCAGAAACGCUCCUUUCAGGACGGUUUCUCCACUUGCCUGCAGACAGCUGCGGGGUUUCUGGGCCCCGAGGGGAAAGGGUCGGAGCUCGGAUCAGCGCUGGAUGCAGCUUUUGCCGCUCGUUUGACCCAUUCACACUCACAGCCCGAAGGUCUCCAAAGCAGAAACUUUUUGCCACACGCAAAGUUUAUUCUGCGGAUGCUGAGGCAGAAGUCCAAGCUCAGACUGCCGGCACGUGCCUCAGGGGAGAAACUCCCCAAACAGCCUCAGAAACAAAGAGAGUCUGAGAUCAGAGCGGAGAGAGGAGCGACCAAACAGAGCUCAGCCCAGAGCUCCCCGUCCAGCCACACUUUGUGGAGACCUUGGCCCUGA